AUGACUUCAAGCUCCGGGUCAACGCCGCAGAAGAAGGUGCAGUUGGAAGGCAAGGUGAUUGCUAUUACGGGAGCUAAUAGAGGCAUCGGGCUCGGCAUAGCAGACUGCUGUCUCGCCAACGGCGCAUCCUGCGUCUACUCCAUCGACAUCGGCGAAACCGGCGACGAGUUCGCUGCUGUGGCCUCAACAUAUCCGAACAAGCUAUUCGCACUCCAGGCCGACGUUACAAAAGAGGAGUCCAUUCAGGCUGCGGUGGAUAGGAUCGUAUCCGAAGCGGGCGCCAUCCACGGUAUGGUGUGCAACGCUGGGAGGACAAAGCACAAGCCCGCUUUGGAGUUCACCACCGAGGAGAUCGACCAGUUAUGGGGUGUGAAUCUAUACGGAUCGUUCUACUCGGCGCGAGUGGCGGCCAGGGCGUUCAUCCAGCUAGGCGUCAAAGGCUCGGUCGUGUUCACUGCGUCUAUGGCCUCGUAUCGUCCGAAUAAACGCGUCCCCUCGGCCCCAUAUGGCGCCUCCAAAGCCGGCGUCCGCAACAUGGUCCACACCCUCGCCAUGGAAUGGGCGCAGUACAACAUUCGUGUAAACUCGGUGUCACCUGGCCUUGUCAAAACGGCGAUGACAUACUGGGUACCACAGCAGCCCGAUUGGGAACAGCAAUUGAAGUACUAUGGCGGAAUUCCAAGGCUCGCUGAGGUGGAAGAGCUUGGCGGCGCUUACGUGUAUCUGCUGAGCGACGCCGCUUCGUAUACGACGAGUAUUGAUAUUCCGGUCAACGGCGUUAUCGGUAUCUGCUAGCUAGGCGAUGGGAUGCAUAGUGGAGGCGAUGCCUGGGGCCAGAAGAACGUGGCAUUCAUGUGG